CGCCCCGGCCGGCCGUGCGUGCUUGCCCGCCUCCGCUCCCCGGCCGGCUGCAGGGUUGGAGACUACAGCAAUUCUGAUGUCUUGUCAAGCUCAUUAAAGCAGCAUUCUGCAUAUAGAAGAUUCUUCUUUCCUCCUGGAAUAUUUUCAUAACCAAAGAUGGCAGCAAAUAAGCCCAAGGGCCAGAAUUCUUUGGCUUUACACAAAGUCAUCAUGGUGGGCAGUGGUGGUGUGGGGAAAUCUGCUUUAACCCUACAGUUCAUGUAUGACGAGUUUGUAGAAGACUAUGAGCCGACCAAAGCCGACAGCUACCGGAAGAAGGUGGUUCUGGACGGGGAGGAGGUCCAGAUCGACAUCCUCGACACGGCCGGGCAGGAGGACUACGCGGCCAUCAGGGACAACUAUUUCCGGAGCGGCGAGGGCUUUCUCUGUGUCUUCUCCAUAACAGAGCUGGAGUCUUUCGCGGCUACUGCCGACUUCAGGGAGCAGAUUUUAAGAGUCAAGGAGGAUGAGAAUGUUCCCUUUCUUCUAGUUGGUAACAAAUCAGAUUUAGAAGAUAAAAGACAAGUUUCUGUAGAAGACGCAAAAAACAGAGCCGAUCAGUGGAAUGUCAACUAUGUAGAGACGUCGGCCAAAACACGUGCUAACGUUGAUAAGGUAUUUUUUGAUUUAAUGAGGGAAAUCCGAGCUCGGAAGGUGGAAGACAGCAAAGAGAAGAAUGGAAAGAAGAAGAGGAAAAGCUUGGCCAAGCGUAUCAGAGAGAGGUGCUGCCUUUUAUAAUCCAGGCCCAGACUUCCUCCUUAUCUUGACCACACUAAUAAAUGUAAUUUAUAAGCAUUGCCAUGGAAGGCUCAAAUGACUGAAAUUACUUUAACAUUUUGGAAAUGGUCAUGUAUCACUCAAAGCAUGAAUUGGGACUGCACCGAAAGUCACUCACUGAGAAAAGAAACAGAUUGCUGGGGCCUCAGCCCAUUUCAUAAUCGCCUCCAUGAUCACAGCCCCUGAAUGUGGAGUGAGUGAGCGAGCGAGCGUGCAUGUGCCUGGCUCGGGGUCUCGUGGGCAGUGUUUCUUAAGCUGUUAAAUAAAGAUUGGGUGGGGUGGGGGUGGUUGAAGGGGAACAGGGGAGAAAAGAUGACUUCCUGUGGUUUCUUGUAAAGCAUAAAUUUUAUAUCAUUCAAAACGUCUUGAUCUACUGCCUUGGAAAAUGACAAUUGUGAACACGAGAGCUAAAAGAAUGAUGGGUAUCCAGCUGGUUUCUGAUGUUAGGAGAGAUGUAAAUGACAGAGCAACAAAGGCCUGUCUCUGCAUCCAUGUACAGGGAGAGCCUGUAAUCUGCAUGAAUCUGUAAUGCCUGGGGGGAUUCACUGAGAGAAUGGAGGGGUGUCAGCCUGCAUGGGGAGAUGUUUGAACAUGCCUUAAUUUAAAAUCUGAAAACUAGCAGGUUGCUGCACAGUUCUGAGUCAAUUCUGUCUGAAUGCCUGGAAGUCCGAGGGACUGCAGUUCCCGGGCCCAUCAUGUACAUGCAUUGUGGUGGGAAGAGGCCAGUUUUUAUGUGAAUGACUCUGGCUAAGUAGCGGAGCUCUCUGCUCAUCUGAAUUUGAAAUGUGUGCCAUCCUCUGAUUCUUGGGAACAGGGAUCCAGAGCCAGUCACCUUUAAUCAAGAAAGCUUGAAAGGGAAGGCCAGUAUAAAAUGAGGGAAGAUGUUCAGCCCAGGCCCCUCGAAGGAGAAUCUUCUUUCCUUCUCUUAUGUUCGGGCUGAGAAGUUAGCAUUGAGUAAAUCAUGAGCCUCCCUUCAACGUCUGACUUGCGUGCCUGGCUCUGGAACUGGGCGCAGCGAAGACUCCUCCCCUCGUGCUGAGGCCUUGGGGGGAAGGGUCCUCCUUGCCACUGGUUAAUUACUGAGUAAAUUCGCCAAGGGAACAUAGUAUGGCCACAUUGGAAUUUAUAUACUGGAGUGAAUUGUAGAUCUUGCCUUGGUGGUUUGAGUGUGUUUGUUAAUGAAGAACAUUCUCACCAUCUUUUCAUACUUGGAGUUAGUAUCAAGCGAAUGAAUUUUUCAGAAACCUGUUUUUGGCAUCUGCAUCCCCAAUCUGAGCACCAGUUAGGUCCGAGUGCUGCCCCAAGGCCGAUGGGCCUUCUGUGGUCUCCCUUUGGGAGAAAUAAUAUACCAAUAUCUGAGUUGUGUGGAGCUCUGAGAAGAAGUGAGGGGGAGGCCGUGUCACACAAGGUUUUCUUCCCACAUCUGUAAACCUAUAACCAACAGUUCAAAAAUGUGUUCAAGCAUUCUAGUUAGUGAGUGUAUACCUACAGCUAUCAAAAGUAGACAUCCUGGGGAUUCGGCUUUACCAAUGGCAUUUGGCUUGUCAUGUUAACUAUAGCAUUGAAGGAUUUUGUAUGUACAUCUUUCAUUUAGUAGGCUAUACCAUGUGCAGAAUUAAAAUUCCUGUUGUAACCAUGGCCGGGAAUGCCACUUUAUCUUCAUGUGUACUCAUUUCAGUCUUAUUGAACCAGGGAACCUAACCACUAACAUUGUGACUUUGCUUCGAGACCUUCAUCCUGGGUACUGAGGUGCUAUGAAGCCAGUGGACACAGACACAUCCUAUGUCUUAGGCUGAUGCCAUUACCCGAUUCUUUUACUUGCAAUUUGAGCCAUUUAAAGACCAAUAAACUUCUGUUUUUUAAAAUC